GUUAAAACAAAUUUAGCUCUCAAAAGUUCAGUAGUCAUGGAAGCGAUAAUUGUGCCAUUUCAACCUCCAACUUUUGGUAACCUUAUUACAAUUCUGAGUAUUGAUGGAGGUGGGAUUAGAGGAAUCAUUCCAGGAAUUAUUAUUGAUUUUCUCGAGUCUGAACUUCAGAAAUUAGACGGCGAAGAGGCAAGAAUUGCAGAUUACUUUGAUAUCAUUGCUGGGACAAGCACCGGAGGACUUGUGACAGCCAUGCUAGCAGCACCAGAUGAAAACAAUCGUCCCCUGUUUUCUGCUAAAGAUAUCAAACAAUUCUACCUUGAUCACUCUCCCAAAAUCUUUCCCCAAAUCAGAAGGUGGCCAAUAGGAAGAAUAGUGAAAUUAUUGUCUGGUCCAAAAUACGACGGGGAAUAUCGCCACAAACUUGUAAAGGAAAAGCUUGGUGAUAUAAAGUUACACCAAACGUUGACUAAGGUGGUGAUCCCGACGUUUGAUAUUAAGCUCCUUCAGCCCACCAUAUUUUCUACCUACGAGAUGAAGAAUAAUCCAUCGUUGGAUGCUUACUUGUCGGAUAUUUGCAUUUCUACUUCGGCGGCCCCCACUUUUCUUCCGGCGCAUCACUUCAAAAUUGAGGCCACUGCUACUCAAAAAACGAGAGAGUUUAACCUAAUAGACGGCGGCGUUGCUGCAAACAAUCCGACGUUGGUGGCAAUUGGUGAAGUGACGAAGGAGGUGAUAAAAGAAAAUCCAGACUUCUAUGCUAUAAAGCCAAUGGACUACAGAAGGUUUUUGGUCAUAUCGUUGGGAACCGGAGCUCCGAAGUCGGAAAUGAAAUACACGGCGGAGCAAGCAGCGGAAUGGGGGAUGUUGGACUGGUUAACUAACGGCGGCUCCACCCCAAUAAUCGACGUGUUUUCUCGAGCAAGCUCUGAUAUGGUGGAUCUUCACCUUUCUGUCAUUUUUCAAGCCCUUCGUUGCGAACAAAACUACCUUCGCAUUCAGGAUGAUACGUUGAGCGGCAAGGUGGCUUCGGUGGAUGUGGCUACACAAAAGAAUCUCAAUGAUCUUGUGAAGGUCGGAGAAGGGUUAUUGAAGAAGCCAGUUUCAAGGGUGAAUCUGGAGACGGGGAUCUUUGAGGAUUGUAUUUCAAAUUCAGAAACAAAUGAACAAGCCCUUAUAAGAUUCGCCAAGUUGCUGUCUGAAGAGAGGCGGCUCCGCCAUGCAAGGUCCCCUCAUGGAAGCGCUGCCGCCUUGAAAUUGGAAAAUAAUGCAUCUCCUGCCACCUGAAUAUUUAUCAUAUUUCUCAUAUUUUUUUCAAAUGUCUGAAAAUGUUAGAUUAUUGAUAUGAAUUAUUUGAAAAAUUGUUGAAAUAUAAUA